AUGGGCAGCAAUCCCGGGAUGAAUGCGAUGGCCGUACUGCGCGGGGCUGGCCUGCGAACUGGGGCAAAUUGUCUUGCAGUGAUGUCCGCCAGGCUCCAGCAAUGGAUCGCGCCCACCCAAAAUCCCCCCCUUUCUUUCGAGACGGCCUCUCUCCAAACCAUUCCCGAGGAGCCCGCCGCCAAGAUGCCCGUCUCGGGGCCACUCCCCACGCGGCCGGCGCCCAUCCCCCGCCGCGCCGCGGGCUGCAUCUUCACACCAGCUCGCAUCGCCCCGAUCGCGUCGCGAUGGCCACGCGGCCGCUGUCGCGCGAUCCACGUGGUGGCCGCGGCGGACGGCGGCGAGUACGACGUCGUGGUGGUGGGCGGUGGCAUCUCGGGCCUGUGCACCGCUCAGGCGCUGCGGUCAUCGCACGCCGACACGGCGCCCAGGCUGCUGCUCACGGAGGCGCGCGGGCGCGUGGGCGGGAACAUCACCACGGUGGAGGACGGGCAGGGCUUCCUGUGGGAGGAGGGGCCCAACAGCUUCACGCCCAACGACGACAUGCUGCGCAUAUCGGUAGACGUUGGGGUGCAGGAGGAUAUGGUUUUUGGCGACUCCAAAGCACCACGUUUCGUGUUUUGGGAAAACAAGCUCAGGCCCACCCCAUCAGGCCCAGACGUCCUGACUUUCGACUUGCUCAGCAUAUGGGGCAAGAUCAGAGCAGGGCUUGGGGCCAUUGGACUGAAGCCCCCGAUGCCAGAAAACGUCGAAGAGAGCGUUGAGGAGUUCAUUCGGAGAAACCUUGGGGAUGAGGUGUUUGAGAGGUUGAUAGAACCCUUCUGCUCUGGUGUGUAUGCCGGCGACCCCUCAAAGCUUAGCAUGAAGGCCGCUUUUGGAAAGAUCCAUGCUCUUGAGGAAAUGGGAGGGUCAUUGGUCGGAGGGGCGAUCAAGCUCUUCCAGAAGAGGCAGGCCGACCCUCCGCCGCCGCGUGAUCCCCGGCUGCCUCCAAAGCCACCUGGCCAGACAGUUGGGUCCUACCAGAGGGGGUUGAAAACGCUUCCUGAGGCGAUUGCAAGGAAUUUGUCAGAAGACAUCAGGUGCAAUUGGAAACUUGCAGAGAUCUUCAAGGAGACCAAUGGAACGUUCAGCUUGCAGUACGAAACGCCAGAGGGAGAAGUCAAGGUCAAGGCCAGAUGUGUGGCUUUGACAGUCCCUUCAUACAUUGCAGCCCACCUCCUUCGAAGAGAGUGUGCAGAGGCGUUCGAUGCGCUGAUCGGUUUCGACUAUCCCCCAGUCGCUGCUGUGACAAUCGCCUAUCCAGAAUCUGCCCUCAGGGACGACCGGCUGGACGAUGAUGGCAACUUUCCAGGCUUUGGGCAGCUGCACCCAAGGUCACAGGGCGUCGUCACGCUGGGCACCAUCUACAGCUCCUCAUUGUUCCCCAACCGCGCCCCCGAUGGCACCAUCCUGCUGCUUAACUACAUCGGCGGUGCAACCAAUCGAGGCAUCCUGGAUCAGAGUGAGGACGAGCUAGUCCAGCAGGUGGACAAGGACCUGCGGACGAUGCUGCUCAAGCCUGACGCCCCACAGCCCAAGGUGCUGGGAGUUCGAGUGUGGCCGAAGGCCAUCCCACAGUUCAACCUGGAGCACCUUGAAACCCUUGAGGCGGCGAGGGCGGACAUGGAUGAGGCUGGCUGGCAGGGAGUCAGGCUUGGGGGCAACUAUGUGGCCGGUGUGGCACUGGGGAAGUGUGUGGAAUUCGCGUACGCUUUCGCCAAAGAGAUCUCAGAGUACUUGUCUGGGGAUAUGGCGCCUACAUCUCAAGGAGGAGCCACGCCAGCGGCAGAAGGAGAAGAAGAGGUCGUCUUCUCAUGA